UUGGUGUCCAUGGUCGUGGCAGCCGCAACGCGAGCACCUCUGCAAAACCCGCCGCAGGGCUGCGAUGCGCGGCGGUGCCCGCGGCGCCCCGAGGGCCUGGGGACCGGUGGCCCUCGCAGGAGGGACUGCGCGGGAGCGCCGAGGGAGGCGACGACACGGCAGGCUCACGCGGCGUGGGCGCGCCGGCGGCACUGGCGAAGGCAUUCGAGGUCAAAUUCUGCGACGUGGAAGCACCAAGGGACACGGCGACGCACGCAUCGUCACGCGCUUCCAGGACGUCAGCGCGACCCCGCUGCACGCGAGCGCGAGGACGAUGAUAAAAGAACACCUGGCGGACGUGUACGACUUCCAGCGCGGUGCGCCCAAGGACAAGGCCCUGGGUGAGUGGCUGUCGGUGAUGAGCAAGCUCUUGCGCAUGCUGCGCAGCACGGCUGUUGCGAACAUCACCAUCACAUCGGUGCACCGGGCGCCCGCGGCAAGAUGACGGGGCGCCUUGGGGGGCGGCCGUCGUCGUCAGGGUCGUCGCCGCCCUCGAGGGCGAGCGUCGAGGACGGAUCCGUCGAUGGAGGCUCCAGGCUUCUUGGCGCCUUCCGCUCCCUCCUGGGGCUCCGGGGGGGCGCCGGGCGACUGCGGCAGGGGGGCGGGGGCGCCCCAAGGCUGCCGCCGCCGCCUCCAGAGCCGCCGCCGCCUCAGCGAUGCGCAGGGGGCGCCCUCUCGCGGGGGUGGCCGGCGCGGGGGCGCCGCCGCGGCGCCCUCCCUCGGCAGCGGGACGGA